CUCAGAUGUUUUUUUUUUUUUUUCCUUUUUUAUUUGUUGUCACAGUACUCUGCAAUUACUAGAAACACGAAUUUUGAGUUUGCUCAUUGGUCGAUAGUGCAUCAAUCAAUAUUCUGAUGAGAAAGAAAAAAAAUAAAAGAUUCCCAACUCCAUUGUAAGCAUAUGCGUAUCAUUCAUAGUUAUCUUCAUUGGUGAUUAUAUAUAUUCUUAAAAAUCCAAAAGGCGAAAAAGAAAACAAAAAUAAUAAUAAAAAAAAUAGAUCACUGCGUUUACCACUAGUGCUGCCCUCUUUGUCUCUUUUAAUUAAAAAACAAUUCCUCUUUGUUCUUUCAUCACAUCAGAGACCCAAAAGUAAAUUAUUAGAUCAGCUGUUUAAUUUAAUCCAAAUAAGGUGAAAUUGAUUUGAAAGAAGUGAGUAAUCAUUAAUCGAUUCUAGUUAUGAAAUUCGGGAAAGAGUUUACAACGCAUUUAGAGGAAACCCUACCUCAAUGGAGGGACAAGUAUUUGUGUUACAAGCCCUUAAAGAAGCUUCUCAAGCACCUUCCUUCUACCGGCGGCGGUGAUAAUGUCCCUCCGCCACCGCCACCGCCACCGCCGCACUUGCAGGAAUGGUUCGUUAGAAUUCUGAAUGAGGAACUCGAGAAAUUCAACGAUUUCUAUAUAGAUAAAGAGGAGGACUUCAUUAUUCGCCUCCAGGAAUUGAAGGAACGAAUUGAAAGACUGAAGGAGAAGAGUGGCAGAGAGGGAGUUUUCACAAAAGAUAGUGAAUUUAGUGAUGAAAUGAUGGGAAUACGUAAAGACUUCGUUGCCAUACACGGGGAGAUGGUUCUUCUGAAAAAUUACAGCUCUCUAAAUUUUGCAGGUCUUGUUAAGAUUUUGAAGAAGUUUGAUAAGCGAACUGGGAGAUUGUUGCGUCUUCCUUUCACACAACUUGCUCUUGAUCAGCCCUUCUUUAUAACGGAGCCUCUAAAUAGAUUAGUCCGUCAGUGUGAGGAAAAUCUCGAGCUCCUAUUUCCUUUGGAAGCAGAAGUUGUUGAAUCAGAUGCUACUGCAGAAGAGCCGACGAGAGGAACUGCUUCUUAUGCUUCAAAUGUCUCUCCGGCAUUGCCACUUGGGGAAGAAAAUGUGGAUAUAUAUCGAAGUACACUUGCGGCAAUCAAAGCUAUUCAGGGACUGAAGAAGGCAAGCUCCACGUAUAAUCCAUUAUCAUUUUCAUACAUCUUUGGUAGCCAAGAUAACGAUAGCACAGGCGCUAUAACUGCAGAAAACUCUGAUUCAGACCCGUUGGUUGGCUCUCAGAUUGAUAAAGAGACAGAUCAAGAGGAUUCCCAUUCACUGUAAUAGAAUUCACCUUUCUAGUUUUUCUUAUUGAUCUUUGCUCAGUGGUUUGUUGUUGACUGACGGAGAUAAAAUGGUUUGCUUCUUCAUUGUAUACUACUGUUCUGGAAUAAAUCGCUCGCUCCAUCUAUAAGUUUUAGCACUAACGCGACUUUACUAGUUCUUGGAUUACAAAAGCUUGUUGAUUAUUUAGAAUUCCCAUUUGUUUGAGA